AUGCAGCAGGACCUGCUGGAUAGCAGAGAAGUCCUGGGGGAGGAGGCAAGAUACUACCAGGUCAUACACAGGGAGAGCACGGAGAGCGCUGGGCCGGGCAGCGCGCCCCGGAGCCGUGCCCCUGCGCCCAGAGCGCAGCGGCUGCGCCCUGCCCUCUGGGCGUGGGCGAGCUGGCCGCGUGUGCCUUGCUGCUUGACGCGAGCACGAGCCAAUCAGGGAGAGCGGCCCGGGCUGCCAUGUGACGGGCUAGGCGGCCCCUUUCCCCAACGCGGCCAGAGGGAGGAGAGAAGCGGGGCUCGCCGCGAGCCUUCGAGAGCAGCGGCCGCGGAGGAGGCGCCGGCGCCGGCACACGCUCGGGCCAGCCGCGCGCGCAUCCCCGGGCGCCCUGCGCGGCGGAGAGCUCGGCUGGCCGCGGGAGCCCAGGACAGGAGUGGACAAAGCAAGAUGGCAGGGAUCUUAGCCUGGUUCUGGAACGAGAGGUUUUGGCUCCCCCACAAUGUCACCUGGGCGGACCUGAAGAACACGGAGGAAGCCACCUUCCCGCAGGCUGAGGACCUCUAUGUCGCCUUUCCCCUGGCCUUCUGCAUCUUCAUGGUGCGGCUCAUCUUCGAGAGAUUUGUAGCCAAACCAUGUGCCAUAGCCCUCAAUAUUCAGGCCAAUGGACCACAGAUUGCUCAGCCAAAUGCCAUUCUGGAAAAGGUCUUCACUGCAAUUACAAAGCAUCCUGAUGAAAAGAGGUUGGAAGGCCUCUCCAAGCAGUUGGACUGGGAUGUUCGCAGCAUACAACGCUGGUUUCGACAGAGACGCAACCAGGAGAAGCCAAGCACGCUGACGAGGUUCUGCGAGAGCAUGUAAGUUGCUGUUUUUCUUUUU